AAUAAUAAUAAUAAUUCAUAACAUGUGAUAAAGUUAUCAAUUUUAACUGCAAGAGAUGACAGAAUAUCGUAAAUGUGGUGUUUGUGGUAUAAAUAGCAUAAAUAACCCUACUAAGAAAUUUGGUGAGAAUUAUGUACGCCCAGGGAGUUGUAUCUAUACGUGUGAGGCCGAUAGGCAGUGGUUUUAUAGAAAUGCCAAGUUCGCAACAGUAUGUCAACGGACUGAAAACGGUGCGCCCGAUAUGGCAAUAUGUACUUGCUCAUCCGAUAAACUUCAUAAGUGUUUUAGCAUCGGAAUGAGAUAUGAAUACAAUACACAAGAUAUGCCACAAAACAGCGCCAGACGUACCAAACGGCACAGAAGUAACACAAACCAAGGGACGGGGUUUGUGCCAAAUCAGGGCUAUAAUUAUAACCUCGGCACUGACCACUACUCGGGUCAUCCGCCAACAAAUACAAGCGCUAUACAACAAAUUAAUGGUGGCUAUACAUACCCUGCUCAGUGCACACCUCGACAUCACCACAAGUAU